AAAAAGCCGUGAGUGAGUGACAGAAAAAAAUAAAUCAAGAUAUAUAUAGCCUUUAAUUAAAAUGUAUCAGUUUGGCAGUCGGGAUUUGCAAACCUUCAUUAACAGCUUAAGUGCGCCAUUGCCGAAAACCGCAAUUUUUUAUUUUUACGUUUUUAUGCUUGUAUAGUAUUAUAUUAUUAUUAUUGUCAUAAUGUAGUCUGAUAAAGCUAAACAUCUACGAGUAAUAGAAUAGAACAGAAUAGAAUAAAACGGAAAAAAAUAAAAUAUUCUCACCAUUCAAGACAAUUUCAGGUCCUUCUCACCGAAGUAGCCACCUGAAUUGCCAGUAGGGGAACCAUCAGUCAAGUCACUUCUGCGAGAAGUGGCAGGCCCUGUUUUACAAGGUGCCACUGUCGCCUCCACCCACAGUCAAAAGCAAAGGAAGAAAUGACUUGAGAAGUCUCCUGUCUGCUAUUACCAACGCGUCGACAUUUCUACAUUUUCGGUGGCAAUUAAUCAAUAGAGCCUGGCUCUAGUCUAUGGCGCUUUACAAGGAAGAUAGCCAGGAGGACACACGAGAAUGCCCAGUGUGCUAUGAGUGCCUUUCGGGUACAGAACGGACAUUGAGCUGUGGACACAUCUUCUGCCACGACUGCCUGGUCAAAACACUGGUGAGCAUCAACGGCGAGGGCAACAUCAGAGACACAAUCGUCUGCCCUAUAUGCCGGCAUCUUACUUUCAUCAAGAGAAAAAAGGAAGCUCUGGUGUCACUCGCACCAGACAAGUGUCCAGAUGAAGGACAGAUCCUCGAAGUGCCUCUUCCUCUGCCCCUGAGACAGCCCCAUAACGCACGGCGCGCCUCGAGGGACAGUUUACGGAGUGGAGUCAAUUGGAUUACCCGGUUCUCCAGGGGUAUCGCUCAGCGACUCCGUCGGCAGAGGUUAAUCAGCCCUAGCCAUAAUGCGUCUCAGAUCUUCAUCAUAAGUUCCCAAGGGCGGCCUAUGGCUGAAGAAGAUGCACUCAGUGUUGUUAUGACUGUUGUUCAACCUCAGCGCAGACCGAGGCGCAGGAUUUGCACCACAGCGCGAUGCUUGCUGUUGUUGCUUUCGGCAUUUACGGUACUCGCACUGGUUGCAGCUACUUUGCCGUGGAUUUUGUUGGCAUAGCAAAGCGAGAAGGAUAUCUGCAUUGCAAGUGCCAUUUAUAAACCACUGACUUGUAAGGAGAGAAACAAUAUUUUCCGGAGUGUGAGUGUGUAAAGCGUGCCUAUUUUAGCUUAGGUGUCUGAUCGAGAAUGUAUAACCUGUGAACAAUUAUUCCACUUACAAGCAGUCUAAUUCAGCUAUGCAUUAGCCGGAAUAUUGUCAUUCAUGAUGUGACCAGACACUGUCUUCCCCUGAUUUUAUGGAAAAGUGAGGGUGUUUAUAGGCAUGCCUGUGUCUUAUGUGCAUUACCAAGCAACAGUCCAAAGCAGAGGUUAGGAAAGAAAAGUCUUUUGUCUUGCAGUCCUAUCUGUGAUACGUUCAACAUAUUUUAUAUGAGGAUGUAAUGCAAAAAAAAAAAAAAAUAAUAACAAUCGAAUUUGAACAAUUUAAGCUAGUCCAGAAGUUGGUAAAGUUGAUUAAAUUGGCCCCUGAGAUGUAAUAAUCUAACAAUUCAAACCCUUUGUCAAUAACAAAAUAUAUCACAUUGCUAGCAACCCAACCAUUGGUUUGUUGUCCUUUUGCUGAAUACCCGUUUCCAAGGAGCAAUAACAAAAGUGCAACCUCUAUCCCACUUCCAAGAUUGUUUAGAAUGUCUGUGUUCGUCUUCAAAUGCAUAUACAGCAGUCAGGCUAUCGUACAUCACAUUUAAAGUCUUAACAUUUAAAUCAUUAGCCCACAGUUAAAGACUGUUUUCAUUUUUAAUGCCCAAGCUAAUAUAUCUGGGUGGAAUAAGGAGUUGUAUUAAGCCUCCUAUAGUAACAUCAUAUACAGCAUGUCAUUUCAGACAGUGUAAAGAGAACUGCGUUUAAAACUUUCAGUAAGAAAUAAUUGAUGCAUCCAUGGCAGUCUGAAGGAGAUAGACUAGCAGACAGGGAUGAGAUGUGCUUGACUGAUGGCUGUAAGGAGAGACACUGCAGGACUGUAGCAUUAGAUUACCACUGAUUCCUUCAGAAUACAGAUUAAGACUGGGCCCGGUUUCAUUAGGCAGAAAUUAUAACGCAAUGUGAGAUAUAUAAAAAUACUAAAACAAUGAGAUAACAUGGUAAAUGAAGGCUAAUUUACUCCUGGUUAACACGUUGUUUCAACAUACUUAACCAACUUGCAGGGCAUUGCUGGGGUGGAGAUUCAGAGAAAUCAUGGGCUUGCUGUCAGGUGGAGCUUUGUCAGUAUCACCACAAUGCCGUCAAACGUGUACACUCCUAGUUUCCUUCUGUGGCAAACCUCCACCAUCCUGCUGGGCCAGUCAUACAGGUUACAAAAUCUGAAGAGGCUGCUUAAGGGGCUGCUUUUCAGCCAUACCCGGUUUCUCAGAAAAUAAGUUUGACUUUGUGGUUUGGAAUCCAGUGUUUUAGAUCACGUUCCUGUUGGUGGUGUGCAUGGUCAUGGAUGGGCCCACAUUAACAAUGAGGCAGUAAAAACACAAAUGUUACCAGUUUCAAGGAAAUGGACAAUGGAGAGAGGAGUAUAUUGAAACAGAGCUUAGUGUGGCAAGACAAGAAGACCAGUAUGCAAUUGUGUGCAUUACUAUAGCAAGAGAACUAAGAAACCGUGGGGAUGAUUGACUAAAAUUCUAAAAAUAGAGUUGAGAUAUGGCUGCCUUUUCUUCUUCUUCCUUCCUUUUUUAUACUGAUUUUAUCAUUUGGGUAAUAAGUGUAAAAACCUCGAACCUGUAGUUAAAUAAAUGGAAAAAAAAUCAAGCAAAUGUCUGUUAACAAUUCACUUUGAAAAACUUUAACAAAUUGCAGAAAUAAAACCCACAUGAACCAGGUGAGAUCAUUAAAAACUUAGAGUUUAAUAUAUAUAUAUAUAUAUCUAUUUCUGACAUUCUGAUUAGGAUUGCAGGUAGGCUUCACAGUACACACUGUGUUCCACUUGAUAUGCUAAGCAGAGGAGGGAAGGGUGGGCAUGAUAGGCUUUCGAAGCGGCAGAUUUCUCUUGUACAUCAUUAGUGAAAGGAGAAAGAGACAGUCCAUCCACAGGCAACUUCCACUCCACCAUAUUGCUCAACAACCCACCAAGGGGGGCAAUUAUUGUGGACCACAUCCUCUAGAACCCAUCUGUACAUUUAAAUCAUGAACACUCUUACGAUUCCUAAAAUGACAUUGAUUGACCGAAAAUAUGGAUGAUCAUUAAAUACAAAAGACUGCCUAAGCGCAUCCACACACACACACACAUACACAUUAGCAAACUUUUGAUGCUAAAGGUCCUGUGACAAUUGUCAUAAAUUUGAUUUUACUGACUGGACUUUGAUUUAUGUUUUUUUUUUUUUUUUUU